GCCGCCUCUCCGGCGGGAUGCGGCUCCCCGCGCUACUGGCCUGCCUGGCGGGCUGCGCGCUGCUGCUGCCGCCGGCCGGCCUGGCCUGCGGGCCGGGGAAGGGCCACGGCCGGCGGCGGGGCCCCCGGAAGCUGGUUCCGCUGGUCCUGAAGCAGUUCAGCCCCAACGUGGCGGAGCAGACGCUGGGCGCCAGCGGCAAGGCGGAGGGGAAGAUCAGCCGCGGCUCGGAGCGCUUCAAGGAGCUGAGCCCCAACUACAACCCGGACAUCAUCUUCAAGGACGAGGAGAACACCGGGGCGGACCGCCUCAUGACGCAGCGCUGCAAGGACAAGCUGAACUCUCUGGCCAUCUCGGUGAUCAACCACUGGCCCGGGGUCCGGCUGCGGGUCACCGAGGGCUGGGAUGAGGACGGCCACCACUCGUCCAGCUCGCUGCACUACGAGGGCCGGGCCGUGGACGUCACCACGUCCGACCGCGACCGCCACAAGUACGCCAUGCUGGCGCGGCUGGCGGUGGAGGCCGGCUUCGACUGGGUCCACUACGAGUCCCGGGCACACGUCCACUGCAGCGUCAAGUCAGAUCAGUCCAUGGCGGCCAAGGCAGGCGGCUGUUUCCCUGGCAACGCCUCGGUAAUGUUGGAGGGUGGCGCCCGGAGGUCCAUGAGCGCGCUGCGGCCCGGGGACCGGGUCCUGGCCUCGGCGAACGGCGGCCUGGUCUUCAGCGAGGUCAUGACCUUCCUAGACCGGGACCUGGACAAACCAUGGCUCUUUGUCAGCCUGCGGACCGCGGCCGGUCAACGGCUUGCCCUCACUGCCGCCCACCUGCUCUUUGUGUCGGGCAGGAACUGUUCUGAGGGCGCGGCGCCGGCGGCCGGCCAGCUGCGGGCCACCUACGCCAGUGUUGUCCGGCCCGGUCAGUGCGUCCUGGUGGCGGUCAGCGGGGCGGCGCGUCUGUCCCGCAUCGUCUGGGUGGGCGUGACCACGAACCGGGGGGCGUUCGCCCCACUGACCCAGCAGGGAACCAUCAUGGUGGACGGCGUGGCAGCGUCCUGCUAUGCGGCGGUGGACAGCCACUGGCUGGCCCACCGGGCCUUUGCCCCGCUCCGCCUGCUGCACUGUUGGACUGGGAGAGCUGGGUGCUAUGGCAACGGCCUGCACUGGUACUCACGGAUCUUACUCUGGCUGGGUCGGACGGUUCUGGACCCAGGGCGCCUCCAUCCACUGGGCGUCGCUCAGGGCGACAUGUGAGAGAGACCGGCAUGGGAUCAAGAUGGACUUCCUGCUGGACUGGCAGCAAACAGGAAGUACAAGGAACAAACAGGAAGUAUUGUCAACAAACAGAAAGUACCAGCAGUAAACAGGAAGUACCUGGAACAAACAGGAAGUAUCAGAAGCAAACAGGAAAUACCGGCAACAAUCAGGAAGUAUCAGCCAAAAAAAACAGGAAGUACCAGCAGCAAACAGGAAGAACCAGGAACAAACAGGAAGUAUCAGCAGCAAACAGGAAGUACCAGCAGUAAACAGGAAGAACCAGGAACAAACAGGAAGUACUAUGAACAAACAGGAAGUAUUAGCAGCAAACAGGAAGUACUAUGAACAAACAGGAGCAGCAGACAUUAAACGCACCAUGAAGCACAAAUCCAGAUGUAACCAUCGUCCUGACCAGAUUGUCUCCAUAAGUUUGUUACGAUAAAUCGUCCCAGGAAUUAUUGCAAUUAAAGAUAAUAUUGUUGCUUUCAGAUCAUUAAACGGCAUCAUAACGCAUGUUCACCCUCUAAAGGACUAAAACUGUAAUAUUGUAAAGAAGGGUUAACUCUGGAACUAAAAAAUAUUCUGAACAUAGGAAUAAAAACCACAAACAACUGAAACCAGAAAUAAAAUUAAUUAUUAUUCAUCAGAAUAGAAAUGAUGGAGUUCAUUUAAAUUUAUCAGGCAAUUUAUUAUGACACGCUGUCAUGCAAUUAGUCGGAGGCUUUUUGAGUCUGUGUUACAACGCGUAGCACAGACUGCUACAGGAGCGACCCGCCAGGAGAAACCAGUUCCAACGUUUCAUUUUCUUCUGGGAUCCACAAAGUUUAUGAAUUAAGAAAUAAUUCAAUAUUUCAACAUAAGAAUUAUUUCUGUUUGUGUUUAUUGUGUAAAUUAGCUGAACCAGCAUUAGCUGGUAUAACCCUGGCCACCAGGUGGCGGCAAAAUGCUUCAAUUGUCCCGUUUUAAUCCACAUUAAGAGACUUUAUUUUAACCCACACAGGGUUCAGAACGUCAAACAUCACAGAUUAACUCCAGAUUAACUCCCUGGUUCAUUUAAAUUAAGUCCUAAUUUGACCUGAACAGAAUAUUUCAUCUUGAUAAAAUCUAAUUGUUUUUCAUAACUGAAGCAGAUUUGGAGUCAUCAAAGGAAUAUUUAAAGUAAAUUUUACUAGGAAUAAACCAACAAUGUGAUAAAAGAUUCAUUAAGUUCAGUUUUUAUAAUUUCUCAUUUUCAUUCAUUGUAUCAGAACUUAAAUUGGUGUCAAGAAAAUAAACAGAAUAUAUUAAUUAUUAAAGCUGAUUUAUAAAAUAUACAACUUAAUAAAUUCAGAAGGAUUUCGAUUCAUGUUUGUAAAUAUUUACCUGAUGUAAAAACGUUUACUUUAGAAUCCCUUCAUGUAUUAUUAUGAAAAUGCAAAGAUUUCUUUUUUUGAGAUUAAAUUGUGAGUUGUGUUGUUGUGUUUCUAAAUCUGUAGAAACAGAACCAGUAGAAGCUACCAGGCUCGCUAUCGUUAGCAUUAGCAAAGCAGC